UUUGCGCCAAGUGUCUGAGCUGUGCAGCGCUGGUGAUGCAAGCGUGUUGACGCCUGCAGACUGAGGUGCGCAUCAGCUGCUGCGGCAUCACUGCUAUCUCUGCUUCCAUCAGCACGCCCUUCGCACUGUCAUUCUCGUCGCCGUCCACCUUGCCGACACCCUUGCAACCGCACAUCAUCCCCGGCGCGCCUGCCGCUAGUUCGACCUGCUCUGUCACCGAGCUCCAUCUCCUUCGAUAGCACACGCCAUCUAUCCAUCAACCGUAUCAGCGACCACGUCGACUGCACGACAUCCCGACCGAAUCAACGCGCGCUCACGAUGGUCGGCUUGACCUCUGCCGCCGGCCUGGUGGGCUUCCUGACCGAGCAGGACCAAGAACUGCAAGCGUUUGCGCUGGAACGCCUCAACGAUGAGGUCGACAGCGUAUGGACUGAAGUCUCGGGUUCGAUCGGUACAAUAGAAGCACUCUACGAAGAUGAGAACUUCAGCCAUCGCGAACUCGCUGCUCUUGUCCUGUCAAAGGUUUACUACCAGCUGCAGGAAUAUGACGAAUCCAUGGUCUUUGCACUGGGAGCUGGGAAGUUGUUUGACUGGAAGUCACAGGACGCCGGCGAGUACGAGGAGACCAUCGUCGCCAAAUGCAUCGACACAUACAUCUCGCUCUGCGCGCUUCACAACCCACCUACUCCUGCUUCAGCCACCGGCCGCCACGGCUCCGUAGACGCUGACAACGCCGCGACUGCAUCCCCAACAACACCUUUCUCGCAAGCAGCGCUUCCAUCCAAAUCCCUCCUUGCUCGUCAAGACGAGAAAGCAUGGGACUCAUUUGCACCCGGAGGAGGCAACGCUGGUGUUGCCGGUGCUCACCCACAUCCUCUGACUUUGCCAAAUCAGACCAAAAAGGCACUGCAGAAUGUGGUCAAGCGUAUCUUCGAGAACUGCUACGAGAAUGGUGCUUACAAGCAAGUGGUCGGAAUCGCGGUCGAGGCUCGCAACAUGGAGGUUCUGAGGGAGGCUAUCCUACGCUCCAGCAAGGCCGAGACCGGCAAGGGCAAGAAAGCCGCAGUGGGAGGCCAGACAGAGGAUCUGAUGGAAUACGUCUUGGACAUCUGCAUGAACGUGGUUCAAGAGCGUGGACUGCGGAACGAGAUAUUGAAGCUCAUUCUUGACCUCCUGAAUGAGAUCCCAAGCCCGGAUUAUUUCGCCAUUGCCCGCUGCGUGGUAUACUUGAACCAACAGUCAAUGGCUUCGGACAUGCUCCGGUCUCUGGUGCAGAAGGGUGACGGCAAGUCCUUGGCGAUUGCAUACCAGCUGUCUUUCGACCUGUACGAGAACGGCACACAAGAGUUCCUGCAAAAGGUCAUGGACGAGCUACCUGAAGAGGACACCGAUGAGACUCAGCAGAACGGCGACGCAGUAAGACCCUCAACACCACACCCAAACCAAAGCGAAGAGGCCACCGAAUCCGAUCAACUGCUUUCCGAGCUCAAUGACUCCGCUGGCGCGCCACAGACAUCUACUGUCGUAACAUCAAGAACGCGGCCCAAGGACGACACGCAAAGCAAAGCAUUCAAAUCGAUUCGAAGCAUCUUACGCGGCACCACGAGCAUCGAAUUGAACAUGGAGUUCCUUUACCGACAAGCACGCACGGAUCGUGCCAUUCUGAACAAGAUUCGGGACUCGCUGGAAGCACGCAACAGCAUUUUUCACACCUCCGUCACAUUUGCUAACGCUUUCAUGAACGCGGGCACCACUGUGGACAGCUUCUUCCGUGACAACCUUGAGUGGCUGGGCAAGGCCGUCAACUGGAGCAAGUUUACUGCAACCGCUGCUCUCGGAGUGAUUCACCGAGGCAAUAUCAACAAUGGCCAAAAGCUACUCGAACCAUAUCUUCCAAAAGAGAACGCACAGACCAGCGCGGGAAGCACCUACAGCCAAGGUGGAUCCCUUUAUGCCCUGGGCCUGAUAUACACCAACCACGGUACCAACGUCCUUGAUUACCUCCGACGUCAAUUCAAGGCAACCCAAGAAGAGGUUGUACAGCAUGGAGGCGCUCUGGGUCUUGGAACUGCUGGUAUGGCUACCGGCUCUGAAGAGAUCUACGAGGAGCUCAAGAAUGUGCUAUAUGCCGACUCUGCCAUUAAUGGUGAGGCAGUCGGUCUGGCUAUGGGACUGGUCAUGCUCGGAACAGGCAAUCUUCGCGCCCUCGAUGACAUGAUUCAAUAUGCACACGACACUCAGCACGAGAAGAUCGUACGCGGUCUUGCUCUGGGCGUGGCACUCAUCAUGUAUGGCAGGCAGGAAGCUGCUGACGAGCUCAUCUCAGGCCUUCUCGAGGACGCCGAUCCGGCUCUCCGCUACGGCGGUAUCAUGACGAUUGCGCUUGCGUAUGCUGGCAGUGGCAGCAACAAGGCAGUGCGCAAGCUUCUACACGUCGCUGUCUCGGAUGUCAGCGACGAUGUGCGGAGAGUGGCAGUCAUGAGUUUGGGCUUCGUGCUCUUCCGCAAGCCGGGCAGCGUGCCGCGAAUGGUUGAGCUGCUGUCAGAGAGCUACAACCCGCACGUGCGGUACGGUGCCACCAUGGCUCUUGGUAUCGCGUGCGCAGGUACUGGCUUGGACGAAGCCAUCGAUCUGCUAGAGCCAAUGAUGAAGGACUCCGUCGACUUUGUACGACAAGGCGCUUACAUCUCCAUGGCCAUGAUUCUGGUUCAGCAAAACGAUGUCAUGAAUCCUAAAGUCACUGCACUGCGGAAACAACUGCAAAAGGCUAUUGGCGACCGACACGAGGAUGCCAUGGCCAAGUUUGGUUGUGCUCUGGCACUAGGCAUCAUCGACGCUGGUGGACGAAACUGCACUAUUGGACUGCAGACACAGACUGGCAACCUCAACAUGCCCGCCAUUGUUGGAAUGGCCGUAUUCUUGCAAUACUGGUACUGGUUCCCACUGACACAUUUCCUCGCGCUCUCUUUCACACCUACGGCCAUCAUCGGCGUCGACUCGGAUCUUGAGAUUCCAAGCUUCAGGUUUCACAGCAACACAAGACCGAGCCAGUUCGACUAUCCACCUGAAGUCGAGGUCAAGACAGAAGAGGCUCCAGAGAAGGUCAAGACCGCUAUCCUGUCCACGACGGUCCAGGCAAAGCGAAGAAAAGCCGCCAAGGACAAGCAAAACCGCCGCGAAAGCAUGGAUGUGGAUCCGACACCGGAAACACCCAAGCCCGACGCAGAUGCAGACAAGAUGGACACCGAUGAUAACGUCAUCGACACCAGCAAGAUUGGCGAGGAAGGCGAGAAGGAUACCAAGAAGAAAAUUGAGAAGGAGAAGGUGGGCUACGAGCUCGAGAACAUGAGCCGUGUGCUACCAGGACAGAUCAAGUACAUCAGCUUCUCUUCCGAGGGCCGGUAUCAGCCUGUCAAGAAGCCUACUGGCGGAGUCAUCCUUCUCACUGAUACGAAACCCGACGAAUCAAAGUCUCUUCUUGAAUUGAAGGCGAAGAAGAAGACUGCCGCCGCUGCUCCCGCGCCUGGUGCUGGCAAUGCUUCAUCAUCAGCGCCUCGGGACACAAACAUGGGCGGUUUCGAGGCUGCUCUUGCCAGUGCUGGUCUCACUGGUGCAGCUGCUGGUGCUGGUGUGCUUACUGCGGUCGAUGAAGAUGAUGAUGGGGAGGAGGCGCCUGUGCCUGAUGCUUUCCAAGUUGACGAGGACGAGGCGGAAGAGGAAUAGGUGAUCCUUUGAAGCUCUCUUGCUCGCCUGAGAGCUGAGCUUGCGGGACUUAGAGACGAUGAUGCCUGAGUGUCUGAUGGAAAUGGACGAGUCGGCGGCCGCUCGCCUUAUGAUACUGGACACGCUUGCGCGAGUGCCAGCAGCGAUGGUGCUUAUUCGUGAAGUUGGCGAUGGAAAUGAUCAUCGCGAACUUGUAUUGCAUUGUACUGUACAAUGGAACAUGGAACUACUGCAUACUAUUUGUGUCGUAGUGUAUGAAGAGGAGUGGGGUGGAGUGGAGUGAAGUGGAAAUGUAUAAAUACAUUUUAUUUUCGAAGUGUGCCCUGUCCCAUUUUCAUGUUUGGUACUGUCUGCGCGUCGGUCUGGUCUGAACGGUCUUACUUUCUGUGACCGGUGAUUUUCGUUAUUCUUGUUGAGUACUACUAAUUGCUGUGUGUGAGUCUCGGCUGGCAUUGACGAGAUUGUUUGAGUGUUCAACUGUGGUUGUGGGUUGCAUUGAAAUGCUUCGCAUUUCUUACUCUUGAACUGGUGAGCGCUCGUUGGAUAGAAGUGGAAGACUUUUUGCUGUCGUAGCAGUUGAAUUAUUACUUGACGCUCACGACCUAGAAUUUUUGGGUUCUGAUGCUGUCACUGUCGAAGCCUGUCAGUGUUGCUCACUGACUCGCUCUUGCUUUUUGCUGGCAGAAGGUGAUGUUCUGGGGACUCAUGUUUCCGGAAGUGUCAUGCCACGCUGUCCAUAUUCUCUUUAGGAUGAAUCGGCAGUAUCAGUGACAUUCAGUGUUGUCGUUGAGGCUGUGCUCGAUCAUUGGUAUUGCUGUUGUGCUUUAUCCGCAUGGUGACCCGCGCGUAAGCUGUCAACCAGGUAUGUGCUGUCAGGUUUUGCCGUGUACGGAUUACUCGUUUGGGGGUCUCUUUCAGGCUGCGCACAUUCUUCGAUUGCGACAUUCUUCCGGUAUCGUUCGGGUGCAGUGGGGUUGGAAUCUUCAGGAUCGCUUGGUCUUGUGUGGAGGCAGGUCUCGAGACGAGUCAGUCUUUGUUGGGUGUUGCAAAAUCCGGUGUUACGAGCGCUGGAUGUUGACGGGAAGGGGUGGAGAGGUGCGGUAGAGCUCUGUCAGGUCUGUCAUGUCUGUCAUGCCGUGGUGACAAAAGGCAAC